UGCUGACUUUAAUGGCUCCAUUGAAGGACACACGCAGAGCAGAGCAAGGAGUGUUAGGGGUGUACAGUAGGAUGUUUUCGAGGGGAAGUGAGGACGUCCUCAACAGCUUCCCGUGGCUGAUGUAACCCCCCCGAGGACCCUCGUGGAGGACAUUUCUGUGUGGAGUGCCGGACGGGUGGUUGAGAAAGAAAGUGGCAUAAUUGUUGGCUCCAUCGAUUUUCCCCACAAGAAGGGUCCAGUGGCAUCCUGCCCUGCCCUGCAGAUGGUGCUCAGUCUGGCCAUGGACUCCAGAGAGGAUGGGGACAGCUGGAUGGAGGAACAGUGGGAGAAAUGGUUAACCCAUGACAUCAGUCUGAAUGAAUACGAGGAUGACGACCUUUCAGAAAUGACAGAAAUCAUGGAUGAGAAUGGAAUCACUCUCAGCCAGCUCGACCUCGACCCUAGUGAUCACAUGACUCAGCCGACCAAUGGCACGCCGAGGAGCGGCCGGAGGAGGGGGGUGCUGGAGCUGCAGACCGAGAUGCUCCACUUGGACCUGAUUGAUGCAGAGGGAGGAAUCUUGGAAGAAGAGGAGGAAGAGGAGAACAAGAGGCGGCCGGUUGAUCCCGUCGAUGACAACCACAAGGAAGUGCAGGGUGCAGGGCCGCCUGUCACUCAGCCUCAGCUAAAGGAUUUCAUCCCUGCCGUCGCCAUGGAUACAUACCGGCCCAAGAGACCCACCACCCUGAAUCUUUUCCCCCAAGUGCCAAGGACUCAGGACACAAUAAAUAACAAUUCCUUUGGGGAGAAAGAGCGGAGGAAAGAUAAGAAAAGCCAUUCUUCAUCACCACACAUUAAGGGAGAUUCCGCUGUCAAACCUGAGCAGGUUAGCCUGACCGAUGCGGACAAAGUUCAGGCCAGGGCUGGCACAAAACCACGGGGACCUGCCUCCUCCAUGAACAAAGCCUCAGCCUUUCACACCAAGAAGCAAGAUAAGCUGUCUGAACCUUUGAAAAAGUCCAAUGUGGUAGCACCCCUUACGCAGACAGUCAUGAAGGGAAAAUCCACGGAAGUGACACUGAUAGAGGGUGUCCUUGACAUCCCAAUCAUUUGCAAGGAAAAAGCCCGGUAUCACACCGUCAAUGGCUAUCGGGAACAAGUGCAUUAUCCUGUGGAGAAUGAAGGUAUGUGUGACCAAUUGGUCGACAAAAACAAGGACUAUCUCAUUUCAGAAGGAAAUGCAACAGAGGAGAUCCACCUCACACCAGUCAACGGUGAACAAGAGCGACCAUUUCUGUCCCAGAGCAGUGACAGCAACCGCAUGUCCAUUAGUUCGGACACAGAGCUUCCUCCCCUUCACUACUACCCAUCAGCGGGUUGUCCGAACCCCUCUAUUAGUGAGGAGGAUGAGGUGUACGCACCCACACCCCCAUGCCGGACUGUCAGCCUCAGCAAUGCGGGGGACUCUUGUCAGUGGGCUGAAUCUCGUAAGCUUAAAUUGGUGAAGGAGGACACAGGGAACUUAAAGACAGUGGCGGUCAGCACAGAUGCUUCGGGACUGACUUAUGACUCUGUUAAGUACACCCUGGUGGUGGAUGAGCAUGCUAAGCUCGAGCUAGUGAGUAUCAAGGACUGCUACAAAGGUUACGAAAGUGACAGUGACAAUACCGUCUAUGAGUCUGCCAUCGAUGAGGAUGAGGAGGAUCAGGAAGUGGACGAAGAGGAGGAAGAGUCGGGAGCGAGAAGCAUGAGGAGAGACACUUCCUGUUUGUCUGCGGAUUCCACCACAGACACCACCUCAGACAUACCCCGCUCCCGCAAGUUCAUGAAUGUCUUUGUGAAUGGACGGUCACGUUUAUCUGCUGCUGAGUUUGGAUUCUUCUCCUGUGUUAUUAACGGAGAGGAAAGAGAACAGAGCCACAGAGCAGUGUUCAGGUUUAUUCCUCGCCAUGAAGAUGAGUUGGAAUUAGAGGCAGAUGACCCCUUACUAGUUGAUAUGCAGGCCGAGGAUCUAUGGUGCGAGGCCUACAACAUGCGCACUGGAUCCAGAGGCAUCUUCCCUGCAUUUUAUGCCGUCAAAGUGACAAAGGAUGAACUUGUUAAAGAGGUAAAAAGUGACUGGAUGGACAAAUUCUGGGUAAAAUUCCUUGGUUCUGUUCAAGUUCCGUAUCACAAAGGGAAUGAUGUGCUUUGUGCCGCCAUGCACAAGAUAGCAUCAAACAGACGAACAACAAUGCAGUUUAACCCCCCCUCGCCUUGCAUUCUGGAAAUCAACACACAAGGAGUGAAAAUCAUCGUUCAGGAUGACUGUCGGACUUCUGGAAGGGGUGAGAAGUGCUUUCACUUUUUUCAGCUAAAAAACAUCUCCUUCUGUGGGUGCCAUCCGAAGAACAAGAAGUAUUUUGGAGUAAUAACGAAACAUCCAGCAUAUGACAGAUUCGCCUGUCAUGUGUUCUUUUCAGAUGAUACAACCACAAAACUGGCUGAAUCUGUUGGGAAAGCAUUUCAGCAGUUCUACAAAGAACAUAUGGAAUAUUCCUGUCCAACAGAAGACAUCUUCCUCGAAUGACCUUCAGUCUGCUUGUAUUUUUUCAUUAUCACUUAAUAUAUGAGGCGUCGCAUGAUGGUGGUUUUGAGUCACUUUGUACGUAUUGAUGAUGUUUAUUUUAGACAAAUGUUAAAAUCGAAACAGAUAUCAGCUACAGCGCAACUACUUUCACAUACUGGUGUAAAGCCUUAAGAUGUUUAAUAACAGAAAAAAAGUUUGAUGUGACUUGUAUAAAUCAUUUGUGCAAAGUCUGGUUUUGAAUUCAUUCGAAGCACAAUGUCUGACGCAUUAAUGAUGAAUGAAACAUCACAAAAAGAUCUUAAAACAACUGUAUGUUUAAAAAAAAAUUACCUUGAAAUAUAAAUUUCUAAAUCAUUCUGAUUGCUUACAUAAUCUAUCUGAGCCAAAUGGCUUGUUUUUUUCCCGCGCUCCUUCACAAAUGCCUGGGAAUGUGUAAGAUUGGUGGGCGGAUACGAAAUACUGCGAAAAGGGCGGUACUGUUUUACGGCAGCAACAAAUACACAUUUACUGUUUAAUGUAAUUACGACACCGAAGUUCACUCUUUUAACUGAAGGGAGCUUCAAAGUCGCAAAACAUAGCUACAAUACAGUCUAUGAAAAAUACACAUACAGUUGCUUUAAAGCUAAACUGUAUCCAAAAUCAAAGAUUAUCUGAAACCAAAGCUAUUUUGGGCCAUGUCCUUCUUCACUCAGAAUGGAUGUGAACCGUGUAAUUGAAUUCAGCCCAGUCUGUCCAUCUGGUGUCCCACUAUGCGAAACCCCAGGUUGAAGACCACUUUAAAGCGUUUCUCACAUUGUUUUGAAAGGGUGGUUAGCACCGCUUCGAACCCAAGGUUAUGAACCCGUGAUCCAGAGCAUUGCUGUGCCACAAUUUCAAGUGUUGUGUGUUAAAUAGGGUAAUUGCUGCCGUUUUUCUUCAGUCAGUUGAGCACUUCACAGUCUCACAAAUCCAUACUAUGACGUCCAUGCUCCAUCUGUGAAUGCUUUUUCUUUUUGUUUGUUGUAUUUAAUGUUUAUGUGUGCUUAUAUUUCCAUAUGUUGCUCUGUUAAACAGAGCGUAGUCUGGGCUUAUUCACAUUCUUGCUAUCCAUGAUGUAUGUAGCUGUGAAAACCAAAUAAUUUUAUUUUCUUUUUACAUAUUAUAUAUAUAUAUAUAUGUAUAUCUUGUUUAGAAUUCUAUUGAAAUUGAAAGAUCUUAAAAUAUAUUAUUCUGACAACUGAAACAUAUAAGGAGAGAAUGCAACACUACUGUCAGAAAUGGUGCUGAGAAAUACAGCUGUUUGGUAAUAAAAAAAAAUGUGGUACUCCCCCCCCCCCCCCCCCCCCCAGAUACAAAAUGAAAGGUUUUAAAGUCUUGGCCUAAAAUGGACCCAUCUUAACCAGUCGUUUCAAAAUGGCACAUCCACACAGCAUGCGCUUACCUUAUAUGCAAUAUUUACUAAAUGAGCAAAGUUUUCAAUGAACUGAUCAUCAGGCCAAAUGGUUUGUGAAGAAGUUUUGGUUGGUACGGCCAUUUUGAAAGGUGGAAUUCAGUUAUUAGGAUCAUAUGUGUCUGCAAAAUAUAUCUGCGAUCCGAUCCUGCAAAAUCACAAGUUGUGCCUACUUCAUUUCUCACUGUAAAUUUUUUUUUAUGAUCAUAACUGUUCUGUGGAACCCAUAAAGUUAAAUCCUAUUUGUAAA